AUGUCGGUAAAUCCUCCAAGAGUCAGAGACAAUACAGUAGCGCUAUCAUUGCUCAAGCUAUAUCGAGCCAAUCGAUCGCUUCUUCUCAAUACUUCAUACAUAGUAUUGAUAACAGCUGCAUUUACAGGAGCCGCCAGCACGGGGAGCAGCAGCACAAGUCUGACAUCAUCGAAAGCUUCCAAAUCAGACAAACAACAACCGCAGCAACAGGUACAAGAUGCACUGAAUUCCAAGAAUAAACACCCAAAGCUAUCUCGUCAGGCAUUUGAUCGAUUAUUCAAGGCGUGCGUACCUACAUUGCAUGAUAGAACCAUUGGCUACUUGUUGGCCCACUUGGUGCUUUUGGUGAUUCGAGCUUUGCUUACAAUCAAGGUGGCCACUUUGGAUGGUCAACUAGUUGGUGCUUUGGUGGGCAGAAGAUUGAAAGCGUUUAGCAAAUUGUUGUUAGCUUGGCUCUUGAUUGGGUUUCCCGCGAGUAUCACCAAUGCACUCAUAUCAUGGACCAAAUCAAACUUGAGUAAAUCCAUUAGGGAAAAUUUGAACAAGUCGAUUAUGCUGGAGUAUAUGCCCGAUAACUUGGACGCCAACUAUUACUCAUUGAUUCAUUUGAGCGGCAACAAGAUUAAAGACCCCAACCAGAGAAUCACUACUGAUGUUUCGCGUUUGAGCUAUGCUUUGAGCAGCUUACCGGGUCAGUUGUUGAAGCCCACAUUGGACUUGGUCUUGUGUGCUCGGCAAUUGAGCAAGAGCGGUGUGGGCAAUGGUGAAGGAACGCUUGCUCUUGGGAUAUUGGCCCAUUUCUCCACCAUGAUUAUUCGAUUCUUUUCACCUCCAUUUGCCAAAUUGGCGAGCGAGCGCGCUAAUUUGGAAGGACAGUUGAGAUCGGCACAUGCAAAGAUUGUUGCCAACAAUGAAGAGAUUGCGUUUUUAAAAGGCCAUUAUCGAGAAUUGGACUAUAUUGACUAUUGUUAUUACACAUUGGAGAGAUUUAGUAAAGGCGAAUAUUGGAAAAAGGCCAUUCAUGAGAUUGCUCAGACUUUUAUCGUCAAGUACUUCUGGGGUGCUGCUGGCUUGGUCUUGUGUUCAGCGCCCAUUUUCAUUGGCAAACAUAUCGGCGAGGCCGACGACAAAAACGCCGCUGGUAAUUUCAUCACCAAUAGAAGAUUGUUAUUGAGUGCCUCUGACUCGCUCGAUAGAUUAAUCUACGCAAGGAGAUAUUUAUUGCAAAUUGUUGGCCAUGCCACAAGAGUUUCCGAUUUCCAAGACACGUUGGCAGAUGUCAAAAAGAGGAAAUCGACCAUCCAUUCCAAUGUCAAGUUUAACAAUGAUGAAAUCAAUUUCGACAAGGUGAGAUUAUUGACUCCCGCUGAUGUGACAUUGAUCCCUUCGCUCACAUUCACCAUCAAGUCAGGCGACCACUUGUUGAUUGCAGGACCAAAUGGGUCAGGCAAAUCCUCCUUGUUUAGAAUGCUCGGUGGAUUAUGGCCCAUAAAAGAAGGUACCAUCACCAUCCCAACCACGGAAAAUAUGUUUUAUCUUCCCCAGCGCGCCUAUUUGGUACAAGGUUCACUUCGAGAACAAAUCAUAUAUCCUCAUGCCCCAGACCAGCAAAAGAAGGAUGACUCUGAGUUGAAACAGAUUCUCCAAAUUUUGAAAUUGGGCGAUUACGUCGAUCAACUUGACGAGGUCAAGAAUUGGGAUGAGGAGUUAUCAACUGGUGCCCAGCAGAGAUUAGCCAUGGCUAGAUUAUACUACCAUGAACCCAAAUUUGCCGUGCUUGACGAGUGUACUUCUGCCGUUAAUCCCGACAUGGAGCAGUUUAUGUACGAGCAUGCCCAGAAGUUGGGCAUAACGUUGCUCAGUGUCGCCCAUAGGCCGGCAUUGUGGCAUUUCCACAAGUACUUGCUCAAAUUCGAUGGUAAAGGUGGUUAUUUCUUUGGCAAAUUGGAUGCCGAUAAGAGGUUGAAGUUGGAGAAAGAGCGAAUCGCGUUGGAGAAGGCAUUGAGAGAUAUACCUUUGCUCAAGGAACAAUUGGCUGAGUUGAAGAAGGUUUCGAAGUUACAACAUGAUAAAUAUCGCCAUUAG